UUGUGGUCAAACCAAAUUUUCGUAAAGGCGUGAAUGCCUUAUAUUAUGAAACAGAGGGCGUAAUAAACAGUUUGCAUGAGUUUUUUUUGUUUUUUUUUAUCCGCAUGAACCACGAAGGCAGAGUACAAAGUACAAAGAAGGAAAGGAAGGAAUUUGAACAUGUGACCUAUCGUUCACAGCACCUCAAUCUUAAUCACUAGACCAAAACAUCCUUGGUUCUUGCGCAAGAAGGUUGGCUAGAAAUUUUUUGUAAAAACACUAGCCCCGCUCAGUUCAUAAUGAGAAUGUCGAUGACACCAAAGGGAUAUUAAAUGAAUGGAAUUGGGAUAUGGAUGGAAUAUAAUGAAAUAGAGCCACUUUGAGGUUCCCUAUGAAAUGAGGCAUGGAAGGGAGCCACUACGAAGAAGUUCCGGGAGUUACGAAGGAAGCUUCGAGCUCAUAUUGGUCAUGGACCCGAUUACUGAGUCUAAUAAGUUCAAUUGAAAAGAAAAAGUCUUAUGUUCUAAAAGAACUUUUCGUGCGGUUUGCAUGAGUUCAUAGUCCAUAUAAUAUAAUGCAGGAAUGAAGUUCUCAGUUGAUUCUUCCACACCCGUCCCUCACCCCCUAGGCCCCACCUUCACCCCGCCGAAAAAAAUAAAGAAAAUCCAACGUUAUUUUUCUUAGAAAUGACAGUUUGAUAUAGAAAGGAAAAAUAAUAAUAAAAAAAAAAAGUGUUGGCGUUUUCAUUUUCAACCUCAGUAUGUUGGUUUGCCCCAACAAGUUCUGAACCAAUUGGCGAUGUAAUCUUAUAAGAAGAAUCUAACGUUGGUCCAUUUUGCUUCUACAGUUUUGAAAGUUAGGUGGGCCCCAUUAUUAUGUUGAUCCUAGAAUAAUUAAUUUUGGUAGGCUGAGAAGAGGAAAAAUAAAGAACAAUGCUAAAAACAAGUGAAAAAUAUAGUUGCAACUCAUGAUGCAACAUGAGAUGCGAUGAAAUAUGAUAGUAACUUGAGCUCACAACUCUGUAUAUAAGUGCUCAUUUGGACACUUAUUUUCUACAAUUUCCUAGUAACUCAGCUUAGCUUCAUUCCCGACUUUUUUAUAAAAGUCAGGACGAUCAAUAUCUAUCUAUUUAUCUGUCUGUCUGUCGAUCAUGCCUAGAGCACCAAGAGAUCCACUAGUAGUAGGUCGAGUUAUCGGGGAUGUUUUAGAUCCCUUUAGUAGGACUGUGAAUCUGAGAGUUAGCUAUAGCAAUAGAGAUGUUAAUAAUGGAUGUGAACUUAGGCCUUCUCAAGUUGUUAACCAACCAAGAGUUGAAGUUGGUGGUGAUGACCUUAGAACUUUCUACACCUUGGUUAUGGUGGACCCAGAUGCUCCGAGCCCAAGUAAUCCACACUUGAGGGAAUAUUUACACUGGUUGGUGACUGAUAUUCCUGGGACCACAGGUGCAUCAUUUGGCCAAGAAGUUGUCUGCUAUGAAAAUCCAAGACCAUCAGUUGGAAUACAUCGAUUCAUACUUGUGUUGUUUAGACAAUUGGGAAGACAAACUGUUUAUGCACCAGGGUGGCGUCAAAACUUCAACACUAGAGAUUUUGCUGAACUUUACAACCUUGGUUUGCCUGUUGCUGCUGUCUAUUUCAAUUGUCAGAGGGAAGGAGGCUCUGGUGGAAGAAGGUUGUAAAUUUACUACACUUCUCUUUCUUUCUACAUUGAAAGAGAUUUUAUUAAAUGCAAGUUUAUCUGAUGUCAAAAAAAAAAAAAAAAAUUUACUACAUUUUUUAAGCUUUUACUAAUCGUAUUUACUAAAAUAAGUGAAAAUAAUAAAGAAAAUUUGUCAGCAAUUACCUCAUAUAUAUGACACUUUUUAGAAACAAAAUACCGAAUAUGUUUCGCUAUGUCACAAGCAACUACAUUUUAUGACCUUUUUACUAGAGUGAUAUCAUUGAUUUAAUUUGACCUUUAAUUGAUCAGCAUAUGCCGUAAAUUGGCCCUUGCUAAUCGUAGUUAUCACUAUUUUCCAUUUUAUUGGCAAGUAGUGAUAAAAUCGAGGAUCAAUUUAGAUAAAUUAUUUAGGUUAAAGGUAGUACUUACUCUAGAAGAAAUGUCUUACAAGAGAAUUAUAAAAGAUACUUGUUUUCGAAAAGUGAUAUUUAUUAGGUACUUGAUUUAUAGACAAAUUUUCCUGAUAAUAGUAGUUGGUUACUUGUAUGCAGUAGUUAGAAGCUACCCUUUUCAUGAUUUUUCUUUACUAUCAUAUGUGUGCCCCUUUCCCUCCAAAAAGUGCAAUGUACAAUUUCAGGGUCCUAAAUAAAAUAUUACUUCUUGUCUUUUA